AUGCUGAACCACUGGUGCUCGGGGUCUCCAAAGAACCUGGCACGACAGUAUGAGUUGUUGGAUGAGCCCAUUGGGUUGAAAAGCCUCGAGAAAAUCACAACAAUCGGGGGCAGAACAAGACUCGUGUUGCCCGACAAGAAAAGACGUUUGUUCGAGUUUAGAUGCUCCAAACUUGGUAGCCACCAGUUUAGUCGAGGAAUCGACAAGUUGCACAGCUUGAUCACUCGCAGAUUCGGCAUCGGCUUGUCCAUGUUUCCAGAUAAGAAAACCAGCAUGGCGUCCAUCCCACGAAUGUCUAUCGAGUAUAGCGUAGCAGAGUUGGUUUCCACCAGUUGGGCCAUCAUUUCGCCGAAAAACUUGAGAUACGGCUGUUUCUUGAUACUCUUGUCGUCGUUCUCGAACUUUUGCUUGAUCAGGUUCGAAAAGGUUGUUUCCUCGAUCAGGUAUCUGCUGGGGACUUUCAUCACAUGUCUGCUUUUCAGCUUUCCAUAG